AAUCAAAUCAGUUUGACAUUUACAAAAUGAACUUUUUCCGUGCAGCAUCGCGUACCUCUAAUCUUUUGCGCCCGGCGGUGAAUGCUCGAGCCCAUGGUCCCAUGUGGGCACGUUGGCUGUCGGAUGCUUUGCGCCAGCAGCUCGAUAAAGAUGUCAAGUCAAAGGACGUUGUACUGUUUAUGAAGGGCACGCCUGACCAGCCAAUGUGCGGUUUCAGUCGUGCUGCUGUACAGAUUAUGCAAGUCCAGGGAGUUGACUUUUCGAAGGUGCAAACAUUCAACGUAUUGGAAGAUCCCGACUUGCGACAGGGUGUCAAGGAAUACUCAGAAUGGCCCACGAUUCCUCAGGUGUACAUCAAGGGCGAGUUUGUUGGUGGCUGUGAUAUCCUGCUCAACAUGCACCAGUCUGGCGACUUGGAAGAUUUGUUGAUAAAAGAGGGUAUUGUGCCGGAAGAAGUGGCCGGUGAGCAAUAAAUAAAGCGCUCCCGUGAUAUGUGUUUUUUUCGCAAUCCUUUAGAAUUUUCGGCUGAAGAAGAAAAAGAGCUAGUGAAAUUAAUAAGAAAAAGAGUGAAAUUGGCAUGUUGCAUGUUUGUUUUACCACAAAAAGAAGCUCUAAUCUGCCGGACUGUUAAUGCCCUGCCUGAACUGUUUGUUAUACAAGUUUUUUUUCAAUAUAUAUAUAAUAUACACAGCGCACACCGUCGUGU